UGUCAAAUUAUGAAAGAGGCUCAGUUGAGAAGGAGGAUACCUGCCACUUUAAGAACAACAAAAUGAAUGAAGUACCGCACUAUGCGCCAUUAAACAGGAGACCUCGUGCCAAGAGGGAUUAUAGCAUUAAACAAGAAAUGGAACAGCAGAGGUUGGCUGAGCAAAGGGCAACUUAUAUAUAUUCUAAGCUUCAUAGUGCUCGCCCUACAGCCAUUCGGGGAACUCAGCUCGUGAAUAUUUCCAAAUUUGAGGACU